AUGCGAACACCUGAGGAAAUUAGAGCAGCUCACUUCAAGGCUACGGCCGGUUAUGGGCUGAUGGGUCUUGCAAUGCCACCUAAUCCUCCACCCAAAGAAACAUCUUUUGCAGCAAUUGAUACAGCGAUCAAGUUGCAGGAAAAACCAGUUUUGCUCAAUGUCGGUGAGUUCUACGGUCCCAACUUCAUCAACUUGCAGGUGGCCCGUGAAUAUUUCGAAAGUCGUCCAGGUGUGCGUGAAAAAGUCAUCGUCAGCUGCAAAGGCUGUUUCGAUAUUAAGACAUUCACACCGUUGGGUGACCGUGCCAGUGUUAUCAAAUCUGUCGAGAACUGCGUUCGUGAAAUUGGUGGUUUCAUCGAUAUCUUCGAGCCAGCAAGACUAGACGUCAAAUUGGCUGGAUCCAACGUUUACCCUGCAGAAACAUUCGAUACCCUGGUAGAAUUUGUGCAAAAGGGCGUCAUUGGGGCCAUUUCAUUGAGCGAGGUCGACGCCAAACAGAUCGCAGCUAUUGACGAUAAAUAUCACGACUACCUAGCGUGCGUUGAGGUUGAACUCUCGCUGUUUUCCCCGGAAAUUUUGUCGAACGGCGUCGCUGACAUUUGUAACGCAAGAGGAUUGCCCAUUUUGUGCUACUCUCCGCUCUGUCGUGGGCUUUUGACGGGAUCGAUAAAAUCUGCUGAUGACGUGCCCGAAGGAAACUACCGGAGGUCGCUCAAAAGGUUUUCGGGCGAAGCUUUGGAGCACAAUUUGCAAUUGAACAAGUUUCUGCAGGAGGAAAUCGUGGACAAACGGGAAGAUGGUAUUACGCUACCACAGGUUGCUAUGGCAUGGAUAGUGUCAAACAAUUCCAAGUAUCCCGGUACCAAAUUCAUCCCGCUAUCAGGUGGAUCUUCUGGGCGUCGCGUGUUAGAAAACUAUACGUUCAAGAAGCUUUCGGACUCGGAGUUGCAGAAGAUCAAUGCGUUUCUCAAAGACUUUACAGUUGUUGGUGACAGAUACGAAAGGAUUUAG